AUGAGCGAAGGGGUCUCCUCUCCUCCGGGUGCCGCAGCUGGUGCCGAGGAGGGGGCGGCGGCCGGAGCCGGGGGUCCCGCGGGCGGCGGCGAUGGGGGCGCCGACCCGGCGGCCCGCGAGGUGCGCUGCAGCGACUGCAUCGUGUGGAACCGGCAGCAGACGUGGCUGUGCGUGGUGCCACUCUUCAUCGGUUUCGUGGGCUUGGGGCUCAGCCUGAUGCUGCUCAAGUGGAUCGUGGUGGGCUCCGUCAAGGAGUACGUGCCCACCGAGCUGAUGGAUUCCAAAGGCAUCGAGCAGGACCCCUUCUUCCUCUCCAAGCAGCCCACCACGCCGCCCAAAAGCGUGGACACCACCACCAGCAGCACGGCCACUACCACCACGUCGAGGACACCCAAUCGGAUAAGUACCCGCCUCACCACCAUGACCAAGGCGCCCACCCGCUUCCCGGGCACCCGGGGCCCGAUCCGCGCCGGCCUGCCUAGAUCCACCACGGCGCACCACACGAUCGCGCCCCCGACCGUCCUUGCCGCCACCACCACCGCUGUCCCUUUCAGCACCACCAUCCUGAUUUCCCGCCCUGCGCCUGGCACCCCUGGGACCCAGCCUCUGCCCAUCUGGCCCACUGCGGCAUACACUACCUCCUCCUACAAGACCUAUCUUCAGGACUCUGCUCCGUCCUGGACCUUAUCCCCCUUCCAAGAGGCCAGCACCACCACCACGCCAGAGGCCAACACCAGCCCCAAAUACCAUACCACAACAUACUCCACUGAACAAUCUGAGCACUUUAAGCCAUGCAAAGAUAAGGAUCUUGCAUACUGUCUCAACGAUGGGGAAUGUUUUGUCAUUGAAACCCUAACAGGCUCCCACAAACACUGCCGGUGCAAAGAGGGCUACCAAGGAGUCCGCUGUGACCAAUUUUUGCCGAAAACCGACUCAAUCUUGUCAGAUCCAACUCACCAUUUAGGAAUUGAAUUCAUGGAGAGCGAAGAGGUUUACCAGCGGCAAGUGCUGUCUAUUUCCUGUAUCGUCUUUGGCAUAGUCAUAGUGGGCAUGAUCUGUGCAGCGUUCUACUUCAAAACAAAAAAGCAAACAAAACUUAUUCAGGAACAGCUGAAAGAGACACGAAAUGGGAAAACCUACAGCCUUAAUGCUUCCAGCAUGAUGGCAAAAUCAGAGACCAGGGCUGAAAGCCGAGUCCAGCUGCAAAAUUAUUCAAAGGCAAACAGACAUCCAGAGCCAGUGAUGGAGAAAAUGAUGGAAUCUAGCUUUUCAGGAACUCAGUCCUUUCCCGAAGCCUUGUCUCCUGACAGAGGUAGCCAGGCUAUGAAGCCACACAGAAGUCUAUCUUCAUGCUGCAGCCCAGGUCAACGAACCGGGAUGCUCCACAGGAAUGCCUUUCGGAGGACUCCUCCCUUACCUCGGGGCAGGUUCAAUGGGAUCACAGGACCAGCAUACCAACAACUAGAAGAGUCAAGGAUCACAGAUCAGGAGACAAUACCUUGUCAAAGGUUAUCUACUGGUUUAAAAACACCACAGAAUACUUCAAUAAAUAUGCAACUGCCUUCAAGAGAGACAAGCUCUUAUUUUAAUAGUGUGGCUCCAAAGGAUAUGGUUGGCUAUCCAUCUCCACGGGCCAGUUCUGUCCCCAUCAUCCCUUCUGUGGGCUUAGACGAAGCCUGCAUGCAGACACAAAACGUUUCAGACAUGACAGGCAUCAAAUGGUGCAAAAACUCCUAUUCCACUGAACUUGUUAAUGUGAGUGCCCCAGCCAGCAGUUGUCUUAUUGCAGAACAACAAGAAGUCAAAAUAUUGUUAGAAACUGUCCAGGAGCAGAUCCAAAUCCUGACUGACACAAGGAGGUCGGAGGACUUUGCGCUGUCAAAUGCCGACACCAAGAACAGUACAAGUGAAAACACAGCAUUUCUGCCCAUGAGUCCUGUGGUGAAAUCGGAACAAGAGGCACAGUUUGUCUUAAAAAGUGAAAUGAAAAGAGACUCAGCAUCGGUCAAGUGA